AUCCCAUUCAACAACAUACCAGUAUCGCGAUGGACAUGCCAGACUGCAGUUCCGUCCUGGAGCUAGGCGAAGCGCUCCGACAAGGCCGCUUGGACGACACACCACUUCGCCAGACCACUCCAUCGUUGGCCUCGUUCGUGGACUCGACGAUUGAGUCCCGAUACGACAAGUGGCGGCGCUGCGACGACGUCAUUGCGCACUAUAAAGAGAACCAAGCAACGGAGACACGGCAGAAGGACUAUCUGCAGGUAGUGUUGUGUUCGGGGCGCUCCUUGUGUCCAGACGUGACGGAAUCGUGGGCCAACUGCGUCAAGCAUUGGAAGGGCGACCACGAACUCCAAUGUCAGUUUGUCAAGCGUAUGGUGGAGCGUUGUUUGCGCGGCGAGGCGACCGAGAUGCUGCGACUCAUGGAUCCUGCCAAGUUUCCCAAGUAGUAUCCCAUAUCCUUCCUUGUAUAUAUAUAUAACAUCCAGAGCUACAGUAGCAGUUAUAUGCCGACGGACUACUCAAUAUCGAAUGUUCGUG